AUGCAUGGUGCAGGAGUGGAGUCGUGCCUUGCGUCUGCCUAUGAGCGAAGGGCGGACGCGGUUCUGCGCCUGGCGGAGGAGCUUGAGUGCGGAUCGCCCAGUGCAGGACAGUGUUCUUCGCCGCACUUCUUCCGUGCCCUUGUGACGGCGUACCUUGUGCAGAACGAUGCUGUGAACGCGACGUGGGCGUUGCAGCGGUGGGCGACGGGACCGGCGGGCGCCGGCGAGCAAGAGGAGGAGGGCGGAGUGCGUGCGAUGCUUGAGAGGGUCGCCCGUCACUGCGGUCGGUGCGCGUAUGGGGAGGCCUUUCGCGAGGCGUUGGGAGCGGUUGGCGGCGGGACUGGGAGGGACGUGGAGCACCUGGAGCGCUGGCUGCUUGACUACCUGGCGGCACGACACGUUCAUCAGCGGCGGACGUUUUAUGGCGAGUCCGGUGGCAUGGAGAAGCUUGCGGUGGGCCUUGGCGUGACCGUUGCGGACCUGGAGGCGCGACUGCAGCGUGUUCGGGAGGACGAGCUGCGGCACAUUGGGCGCGAGGUGUCGGGCGGCCCGUGCGAGAAGACACGCGACACGCUGUGCUGCAUGCUGCAGGUGGGAAAAGCGGUUUAG